AACCUACUUAAUCUGCGAGCGUGAAAUAGUUUUUCUACAUACAAAAUAUGGGAAGGUCUAGCCGCAAAUCGUCAACGUUAAAUAAUUUUAGGAAGACGCGUCAAUUAUUUCAAGUGCAAAAAACAACUCUCGAACAAUGUUCGGUAAUUGAAGUACAUACAUAGAAUAACUCAUCAUUUGUAAUGUGUCGAAUGAUAGGUACAUAUCAUAAACCCGUGAAAAAGGCAAAUCCAUAAAUUACCAUACUGCCAGAUUGAAAAAAAAAUACCUAUAUCGAGUGUACUCGCGCACACGCUUACACAAUGUAGUUGAAAUAAUCGUCGAGUUAACAUUAUUAUCGCGUCCAUCGUCGCAUCGUUUGACGUUUAAUCAGUAUGAUCUUAUUACUCGUAAUACAAAUUAUAGUUACUUGCGCCGUUGUUAGCUUUACAAAUGUGCACAGUCUCACUAUAAGCACGCCGCAAGUACGAUGCGAGACUGGGUGCCAAAGUCGAGUAUACUGCACCGGAGACCUGUUGAACGAUGUGCAAGUUUUGCAAGUUUACGCAAAUUCCAAAGAAUUCGUCGAUAUGAAACUAUUAAGCCCCGAAGACACCAUCGUAUCGGCGUACCGCCAAUUCAAAGCCUCGAAUACGAAACCAACCAAAGAGGAAUUGAAAUCAUUCCUGGACCGAUAUUUCGCUCCAGACCCGUUGGAAAAAUGCCAGUUGCAAGAUUACAACGAGAACGCGGCUUUUUUGCAAUCGAUCGCCGAUGAGAAUUAUAAAAAUUGGAUACUAAACGUGAUGAAAAUAUGGAAAGAAUUGGCCGGUAAAAUACCGGCGGACGUGCAGCUAAAUCCGCAAAAUCAUUCUUAUUUAUUCGUACCGAAAUGCUUCAUAAAGGCUGGAGGUUUUUUCACCGAGAUGUAUUAUUGGGAUUCGUAUUGGAUAAUACAAGGCCUACUGUUGUGCGAUAUGAGCCACACAGCUCGCGGAAUUUUGGAGAAUUUCUUCCAUUUAGUACGUACGCUGGGUUACGUACCGAAUGGAAAUCGUAAAUAUUACAUCGGUAGAUCGCAACCCCCCUUGCUGACCAGAAUGGUGGAUUACUACUUGUCCAUGACCAACGACCAGCAGUUCGUGCUCGAAAAUUUAGAGCUUUUGGAAAUAGAGUUCGCAUGGUGGCAAAAGAACCGUAUGAUCGAUGUGACCGCAAAAAAUGGUAAAACUUACAAAAUGGCGAGGUACGCUUGCGAAAUUUGCCAGCCAAGACCCGAAGGAUAUUUAACGGACUAUAAACUAGCCCAACAACUUGACGACGGGCCCGACAGACAAAAACUACUAGUUUCAUUACGAUCUUCUGCAGAAUCUGGAUGGGAUUUCUCCAGUAAACAAAUGAAGCCGGGUUAUAGACGAACUGACGAUCCUUUUUCGAUGUUGAAUUUGGAUACCCAGAACAUCGUGAUGGUCGAUUUGAACGCCAUGUUACAUUUCAAUGUCGCCAAAUUGGCGCAAUGGUACGAAUGUUUGAACAAUCCGCAGAAAUCAUCGUAUUAUAAACAAAUUGCCGAUGAUUUAUUCGAAGCCAUACAAGAAGUUCUAUGGAACGAAGAAGACGGUGUUUGGUACGACUGGGACUUGGUAAGCAGCUCCCAACGUAAAAAUUUCUAUCCCAGUAAUUUGACGCCACUUUGGACAAAAUCAUUCAAAAAAUGUCAAGUGCAAGCCGAACGUAUUUUGAAGUAUUUAGCUAACGAAAAAAUAAUAUCGGAUACGUAUCAACCAUUAUAUUAUGGAAUACCUACUUCCAAGUGUAACACAACUCAACAGUGGGACUUUGUUAAUGAAUGGGCUCCUUUGCAAGCCAUCAUGAUUGAAGGUCUUCUUAAUUUAGAAGAUCCGAAAACUGACACACUCGCAUUUGCCUGGAGCUCGCUCUGGUUGAAAACAAAUUACGAGGGGUUCAAGAAAACUGGCAACAUGUAUGAAAAAUACAGCGCUAUUAUAAGAGGAGAAAGUGGAAACGGAGGCGAAUACUUAGCACAAAUCGGUUUUGGCUGGAGCAACGGAUUCGCCAUAAAUUUAAUGCACAAGUAUGGGAAAAUUGUUGCUUCUGACAACUACGACGAUUUCAUUCCAGCACCAGCUCCGAGAGAAUGCUCCCUUCUGAAUUCAUCGAGCUGAAAUUUAAUCAUUUUUUGUCUGAUCUAUAGUGUUAUUGUUUAUAAUUAUGUAUAUUCAAUUCGAGCAUCUCGAUUUUAUGAGAAAACACACGAUUUUCAUUUUAUCGAAAUACGCGAGUACAACAAGCUCUACGACAGAAAUUCCAUUCAAUUAAAAUUACGUAAAUCAAUGCGAAUGCAACUAUACAUUAGUGUGCAGUUUCAAUACACAAAUCCUGUACUACGAGUAUACUGGCUAAGGUCCAUUCUUUGAACUCGUAAUUAAUCCAUAGUUCGCCUACCUUCUUAAGAAAGUACCUAUCUAAAUAUUAUGUAGAUCUGAUUUGCGAAUUCAUUCAUACUUUUCGAAUUUAAUUUCACAUAUUGGAUUAUUAUUUUGAAUAACCAAUAUGAAAAAUAUACAAUGUUCAUAUCUUAUUCGGUAGGUAGCCUACACCAUUUCGUCCGUUUUAAAAUGUUUAAUCAAAAUCCCAAAAACUAUAAAUCUUGAAAGUAGGUAGGUAGGUACUGUAAUAAAUAUAUGUAAUGUAGGUAAUAUUUCCAUAUUAUUCAACUGUUUCCAACACCAAAUCAACUUCUACGAACUUGGAAAUUUUACCAAUAUAAAAAAA